AGGUAUUACAAGGAUACCGACGGCUACAGCAUAGACGUGGGACCCUUCACGGCGGCCAUCGAGUUUGCAGCCGACGUCAAAGCGGUGGUCCUUGGCAAGCCGGAUCCACUCAUUUUCUGUCUCGCGGCGGAAAGCCUGGGACUGAAGCCAGAAGAGGUGGUGAUGAUUGGCGAUGACGUGCGAGGGGAUGUUGAGGGCGCCCAGGCGGCUGGCCUGCGCGGGGUGCUGGUCCGUACUGGUAAAUACCGCGAGCACGAC